AUGUCAGAAGAUGAAGAAGCUUUCUACAACCAAGCUCAAACAGGAUCAAGUUCAGUCUCUCAGAAUGCACCGACAGAUGGACCCUCACCUCACCUCAGCAAAAGCGCCAUGAAGCGAGCUGCCAGACAAGCACGGGUAGAAGCUCUUCGACCUCAGAAACGAGCACUUGAGAAGGCUCGUCGGAAAGAGAGAGCUCAGCAAUUAGCACAAGGUUAUGCAGCUGGGACUUUAACAGCUGAGGAAAAGGCAAUUGUGGAGAAUCGUAAAGCAAUGGAAAAGGCUAGGAAAUCGUCCAAGCGAAAAGCUGGGGAAGGAAAGUUGGAUUUUUGGGGAGGAGGAGUGGUGGUUGAUUUGGGAUUUGACAAACUUAUGACUGAUCAAGAGAUCACCAGUAUGACCAGUCAACUGGGUUACCUUUAUUCAGCAAAUAGAACCGCAGCCAAACCUUUCGCCUCUAUACUACAUACGAGCUUCUCAUCCAUAGCGUCACCCCGGUUAUGGGAGAAAAUGAGCAAGUCUGCUUGGACAAGAUGGAUAAAUUGUUCUUGGUGGGCAGAAGAUGUAGGAGAGUUGGCCAAAGUCAUGAGAGACGGAAAAGCCAUCGACUCGUCGACCGAAGAGUCAGAGAAGGAAGUUGACGACAAUGAUGUCCCGGAGAAUCAUCUGAGUGGUCCAAGAUUACCUCCACGUCUCACCAAAGAACACAAAUUGGUGUAUCUGUCCGCGGACGCCGAGGAGGAGUUGUCGACCUUGGCGGAGGACGAGGUAUAUAUCAUUGGAGGUAUUGUGGAUCGAAAUCGAUACAAGAAUCUAUGUCAGGAAAAAGCACAAAAGUUGGGCAUCAGGACUGCCAGAUUACCAAUAGAUACUUAUAUCGCUCAUCUCCCCACUCGUAAAGUUCUCACGGUCAAUCAGGUGUUUUCGAUCCUCGUGGAAUAUGUCACCAGGCAGAAUUGGUCAGAAGCGUUCAACGCUGCAAUCCCUCCGAGGAAAUUCGAGCCAGGAAGGAAGAAGCGGAAAGGCAAGGAUGGCUCUGCUAUCGACGAAGGAGACACAAAAGGGCAAGAAGGAAUCGAGGAAGAUGAUCACCAGGAAGUUGAUGAGAAGGCGGAGCUAGAUCCGUUCGCGAACGAAAUAAAGCUGGAGGAGGAGGAAUUGGUAAAUGCUUGA